AUGUCUACCUACAAGAGUCCCCAGUCCGAGCCCAUUGCCAUUGUCGGCACGGGGUGUCGGUUCGCGGGUCAGGUCAACUCUCCAUCAAAGCUCUGGGAACUCCUCAUCAACCCCAGAGACCUUACACAAGAAGUCCCGAAGAACCGGUUCAACGCCCAAGGUUUCUAUCACCCAGACGGCGAAUAUCAUGGGGCAACAAAUACCACUAAAGGCUACUUUCUUGAGCAGGACCACCGUGUGUGGGAUGCUGGGUUUUUCAGCAUCACCCCCAAGGAGGCCGAGGCCAUCGAUCCUCAACAACGCAUUAUCCUCGAGGUCGUCUACGAAGCUCUUGAAUCAGCUGGAUACAACCUUGAGAGGUACGCCGGGCGCAAGGUCGCCGUGUUUGCCGGCCUCAUGACUGCAGACUACGAUACGUUAUGCCAACGUGACGACAUUACCUCGAACCAAUACUUUGCCACGGGCAACUCAAGAGCUAUUCUCUCCAACAGAAUAUCUUACUUUUUCAACUUCCGCGGCCCUUCAAUGACCGUAGAUACAGCAUGCUCAUCCAGUCUGGUAGCUCUACACCAGGCGGUGCUGAGUCUUCGAUCCGGCGAAUGCGAGAUGGCCUGCGUGGCCGGCGCAAACAUGAUGAUCACCCCCGAACAGUUCAUCAGCGAGGCCAGUCUGCACAUGCUCAGCCCUACCGGAAAGUCGAGGAUGUGGGAUGUCAGCGCUGACGGGUACGCCCGCGGCGAGGGGUUCGCGGCGCUCUUUGUCAAGCCCCUGUCACAAGCACUGAAGGACGGCGACUCGGUCAUCAGCAUCAUCAGAGAGACGGGCGUCAACUCGGACGGGCGCACGCAGGGCAUAACCAUGCCCAGCCCCAUUGCGCAGGCGGAGCUGAUCAGGGACACGUAUCGCCGGUCCGGUCUAGACCCUCACUCCCCAGCUGAUCGAUGCCAAUACUUCGAGGCGCAUGGAACCGGGACCCAGGCGGGAGACCCCAGAGAGGCACAGGCCAUCUCCACGGCCUUUUUCGGCGACAAGGCAUCGACUGUUGCCGAGAGCGAAGAUCAAAAGCUUGUCGUAGGAUCUAUCAAGACCGUCAUCGGCCACACAGAGGGUGCCGCGGGCUUGGCUGGGUUGCUGAAGGUGGUCCAUUCCAUGAUCAACAACUCAAUCCCCCCCAACCUGCACCUGGAGACACUCAACCCUAGCGUGCGGCCGUUCUACGGUCACCUUCGCAUCCCUGUCGAUGUCGUCCCAUGGCCCAAGGCCCCGGCUGGCCAGCCCCUUCGUGGCAGUGUCAACUCGUUCGGGUUCGGUGGCACCAACUCGCACGCCAUCAUCGAACGGUACGAGCCGAGUAUCCACGACAAAGUCGCGAAGCGCUUUGCACCCGGCUUGGAGAUCCCGAUCGUCUCGGCCGCACCGGCAUACAACCCCGACGCGCCCAGUGUCGGGCUUCCCCUGGUACUCUCGGCCAAGUCGCAGAAGUCUCUCGUCUCAGUGGUCCGGUCCCUCCGCGACUUCGUGUUGUCGACUGACAAGUCGGCUGAUGAAAUCGCCUGGAACUGCUACGCGCAUCGUUCGGCGCUGACAUACCGCAGCGCCGUCAGCGCCGAAUCCCGCGACGGGCUCAUCGCCGGCCUUGACGACCUUCUCGCCAAAGCUGGGUCGUCGUCCAACCCGGAGCUCGGUGUCCGCGCCAAGCUGGACGGCGGCAAGGUCAAGAUCCUUGGCAUAUUCACGGGCCAGGGAGCUCAGUGGUCGGGCAUGGGCCGAAAGCUCUUUUAUUCAAGCAUUGUAUACCGCAAAACGGUCGAGAGCCUCAACGAAGUUCUCGAGAGGUGCCCCAACCCUCCCGCGUGGUCGCUUGUUGACGAGCUCGUCCGACAGGAGGAUGCCACUCGCAUCAACAUCGCCGCUCUAUCCCAGCCUCUCUGCACCGCGGUCCAGAUUGCCCUCAUUGAUCUCCUUUCCAGCAUUGGGGUCUCGUUCCAUGCUGUCGUUGGCCACUCCUCCGGCGAGAUUGCGGCGGCGUAUGCCGCAGGUGUGCUCAGUGCGCGCGAUGCCAUGCUCAUCUCUUACUACAGGGGCUUGUCCGCCCACCUCGCCGGCGGGAAGAACGGCGAGAAGGGCAUGAUGAUGGCCGUGGGCAUGACCCGGGCCGAAGCGUCGGCCCUCUGUGCGCGAGAUGACAUCAAGGGCCGUAUCUGGGUAGCUGCCAGCAAUGCCCCCUCUAGCGUCACCCUGUCGGGAGAUGCGGAUGCGGUGAAGGCACUCCAAGCCGAGCUGGCUGCGGAGAAUAAGUUCGCCCGUCUCCUGGUCGUCGACACUGCUUAUCACUCCGCCCACAUGGAGAAGCCGGCUGCCCAGUACAUGGCGGACUUGGCUGGCUGUGGCAUUGAGCCUAGACAACGGAACUCGACGGUCUGGGUCUCCAGUGUCUACGCCGACGGCACUGAGCCGAGCAUCAAGGAACUCAAGGGGAGCUACUGGAAGGACAACAUGGUCAAGGCCGUCUCUUUCCAUGAGGCUGUUGGUCUUGCCCUUGCCUCCCAGGGCCCCUUUGACAGCGCAAUAGAGGUUGGCCCCCAUCCCGCUCUGAAAGGUCCCGUGCAGCAGACGGUCAAGGCCGUCACCGGUGGCGCUAUGUCGUACUCUGGUCUUCUUGACCGCAAGAAGGACGACAGACAUGCCUUUGCCGAGUUUCUUGGGUUUACCUGGAAAUACUUUGGUACCAACGCCAUCGACUGGAGGCCCCUCGUACUAAACUCCACGCAGCCCGACCUCCUGUCAUCGAGAAUAGAGUUGCCAUCCUAUCCGUGGGACCAUAGCCAGAUGUACUUCCGCGAGUCGCGCGUUGCGCACCAGUACCAACACCGCGAGCAGGGCCCGCACGAGCUCCUAGGUGUCCGCACCCGUGACGACACCGAGUUCGAGCUCAGGUGGCGCAACAUCCUGAAGCUCGAGACUGUGCCUUGGAUCCAGCACCACAAGUUCCAGGGCCAGGCACUGCUCCCCGCCUCCGCCUACUGCGUUCUCGCUCUGGACGCCGCCAAGGCUGUGUUGAGCGGGCGCCAGGCUUCGGUCGUUGAGCUCACGGACCUUGAGUUCAUGAGCGGCAUCUCCCUCGAGGCAAACACGUACGGCGUCGAGAUGAUGGUCUCGUUGAGCAUCCAGCCCCCCUCGACCAAGGGACGCAUGGCCGGCAAGAUCAUCGAGGGCGCCUUUACCAUCACCUCAUGCUACGCUGACGGCGUCACGCCCAUGCAGAAGAACUUUACCGGCAACCUGCGCAUCUACCUCGGUGAGCCCUCCGCGGAUGCCCUUCCCACGCGCGAUCCGGCCAUGGCGGAGACCCUGCCGGCCGACACCGACGCCUUUUAUCGGAUGAUGUCGGGUAUCGGCCUGGACUACACCGGCCCCUUCCGCGCUCUGGAGACCAUCGACCGCAGAUACAACUUCUGCUCCGCCACCCUCAAGAAGUUCCACGAGUCCGAUACCACCGGCCUCGGCGUUAGCCCCGCGACUUUGGAUACCUGCUUCCACUCCGUGUUCGCGGCUGUGGCCUCGCCGGGUGACAAGUAUCUCUGGACGUCUUUCCUACCCAGGAGCAUCGAGAAGAUCCGUUUCAACCUCGCCAUCUGCGAUGGCAACCCCGGCGACAGCGCGUCUCUGGUCGUGGACUCGGUCGUCACCCAGGAGAUCCCCCGCACCAAGACAGCGACCACCAAGGUAGUCGGAGACAUGAGCAUCUACAACCCCAACGGCGAGAUGGAAAUACAGGUCGAGGGCCUCAUGGUUGCCUCUUUUGCCAACUCCAAGCCCGAAGACGACAAGGAGCUCUACCUGACGACUGUUAUGGACCUCGACCCGGAGCACGAGAUUGUCACCGCGGACCUCGGCCAGGAGGACGUUGCUACCGAGCGUAUCCUUCUCGAGGCAUGCGAGAGAGUCGCGUGCUUCUACGUCCACGACGAUUCCAUCAAAGACCUCUCGGCGUCUCCUACCUUCUUUACCCCUCCUGCCAUGCCGUCGUCUCCAACUAAGACCGUCACCGGUCUAAGUGAGGCGAGCACCAGCCCUUGGCCCCAGGACACGCCCGAGUCCCUCGAUGCCUACAUUAGCCAGUCGCCUUUCCAGCACGCCCUGAGUUUUAUCCGGUUGCUGGGUGAGAACAUCCCUGACGUCCUCCCCGCAAUGCUUUCGACCAUCAUCCAGGAGGCCAAGCAGUUGCACCGGUUCAGAUCCCACGUCAGCCGUGUGGUAUCCCAGCUUGCCCACCGGUACCCUCGCAUGCGUGUUCUUGGACUCACAGACCCCGAAACCGCCCUUACCCAGCAUGUGGUCGACGGCUUCAAGGGCUCGUUCGUCUCGUACACCGUCGGUACCGAGACCGAGAAGGACUUGCUCGCCAGGAUCGCGUCCGGGGCGACCAAGAAGAAAAUCGACACCGAGCACACCGGCAUACUCGACAUGGACGGGGACUCGUCCCUCCAGCCUUUCGACUUGGUCGUCUUGACGACCUCCGUGAUCAAGGGCGCCGAGCAGCGCAACAAGCUCAAGCGGGUGCAGGCCCUCAUGAAGCCCGGCGGCUUCCUCAUCCUGAUCCACGAGUCAAUGAGUCCUCUUCGUGACAGGCUCCGCCGCGCAUUCGGGGUCAGGAAGCAAUUCGAAGAGCCUCUCACCCCUCCGGAGUGGCCUGAUGUCCUGGAUGAGUGCGGGUUCGUCCGCACUUCCAAGAACGCCGAGCAAUUUUUCGCCCCGGACUUCUCCCUCGUCGUCAGGCAGGCCGAGUCGGACCUCAAGCUGGCAGCCCUGAGCCCGCUGUCUGGCUCUGUCCCCAAAGUACCGGGGCAUACCGUCAUCAUCGGGGCGGCGGAGAACACGGCAGAGCUGUCUGCGGAGGUGCACGAGAAGCUGUCGCCUCUGUGCAACAGCAUCGACAUCAUUGCCGACUUGGACUCUCUCCAGCCGGCUGUAUUCAACGAGAUCAGCUCCGUCAUCUUCUUGGCGGAUCUGGAUGAGCCGAUGAUGACCAACAUGACCCCCGAGCGCCUCGAUCUUUUCCGCGCCAUGAUGGCGCCCGAGAAGGUGAUCCUCUGGGUCACCAUGAACUCCCGCGCCGGGAACCCGGAACAUGCGGCCACGUUCGGUUUCGCUCGCUCCAUCCUCGCCGAGAUCCCCAGCUUGAAGCUGCAGAUGCUCGACCUCGACUCCCGCCGAGAAUCGAGCGGAUUCGUCACCGAGUCCUUCCUCCGCCUCAGCAUGAAGCCUCUCCGCACCGCCGCCAAGGACGGCGAGGUCCUAUGGACUCACGAGCAUGAGAUCUUUAUGGAGCACGGCCGCCGACUGAUCCCGCGUGUCGUCUCUUGGAAGGAGGGCAACGACCGCGUCAACUGCCCUCGGCGCCUUGUGGCCGACGAUGUCAACACUCUGCAACAGUGUGUCGAGGUCGUUUCUUCCCAGUCCGGGGAUGGAUCGGCCGUCUACACCGCCAACAUCGUCGAGGAAACGGACAUUGACGAGGGCAUCGCUAUUCCCGAUCAGAGCGUCAUUCAAGUCAAGUACAGCUCCGUCGAGGUCAUCAACUUUGGCCUCAAGUACGCUUCUCAUAUCUGCAUCGGCAACGAGGUCACAUCCGGCGAGCUCUGCCUUGCCGUGACCAAGUCCAACUCGUCCUACGUCACGGUACCCAACUCGUGCGUCUAUCAGCUCAGCAGCAGCAACAUUGACCCCAAGCUCCUCCUCGGACUGGUCAUGAGAUACAUCGUUGCCCUGUCUCUAGCCGAGGACAUGAUGGAGCAGAAUGUUCUUCUACUCGAGCCCGACGCCACGCUCCUGGAGUGCAUGAGGGAGGUCUUCGAGGCAAGGGGUUCCAAUGUCAUUGCAUGCACCACCGACCCCGGAAAGGGCAAGGGUUUCGGCCAGCGCUACAUCCACCCAUUCGCGACCAACCGCGAGCUCGAGGGACUCUUCCCCGCUCAUGGCGCGUCCGUCAUCGACUUCCUACCGGAGGGCAGCGAGCUGUCCGAGAAAGUCCUAGACUGUCUCCCUGAGAACUGCGAGUACCACUCCCGCUUCUCCCUCCUCACCUCGGAGCACGUUGUCGCUCUUGGCGACUCCAUGGAUAUCGAGGAUCUCUGGGAGGACGCCAUCAGCAAGGCCAUAGUAAACGUUAGGAGCGCCAAGGGCCAGUCCGGCAAGCCGGACUUCGAGACGAUUUCCGUGCCGCAGCUGCUCGACUGCACCGGCAGCAGCAAACCUUUCCAGAUACUCGACUGGCGUGCCGAGCGCAGCGUGCAGCGCAUCGCCAAGCCCCUCUUUGGCACCCAGAUGCUCCGUCCGUACAAGACGUACGUCCUCGUCGGCCUGACGCGUGACAUGGGCCAGAGCCUGUGCAACCUCUUCUUCGAGCACGGGGCGCGCCACCUGGUGCUCGCGAGCCGCAACCCCAACAUGGAGCCGAAGUGGAUCGAUGACCUCGCCGCCAAGGGCUGCGAGGUGCGCAUGGAGCGGCUCGACGUCACGAGCGUCGAGAGCGUGCGUGCCUUCAAACAGCGCCUCGCGCAGGAGAUGCCCCCUGUCGCGGGCGUCAUCAACGGGGCCAUGGUCCUCGACGACCGCGUCUUCGCCCAGAUGGACGUCGAGACCUGGGACCGGGUCAUGCGCCCCAAGACGGUCGGGUCCAGCAACCUCGACGAGAUGUUCUGCGAGCCCGACAUGGAGUUCUUCAUCAUGACGUCGUCCUUUGCGGGGCCCGGCGGCCACGGCGGGCAGUCCAACUACGCGGCGGCCAACAUGUACAUGAACGGGCUCGCCGCCAACCGUCGCCUCCGCGGCCUCGCCGGGUCGGUCCUCAACAUCGGCGUCAUCUACGGCCUGGGCCUGCUCCACCGCGAGCGCACCGACAUCUACGCCUUCCUCGAAAAGGACGGGUACCCGCCCAUCUCGGAGCGCGACAUCCACCAUAUGUUCCUCGAGGCCAUCGUCGCGGGCCGCCCGCUGGACGGGCAGGUCUACGACAUCACCACGGGACUGAGCCGGUUCAGCGCCGGCCUCGAGGACCCGCUCCACUGGCAAAGGGACCCGCGCUUCUCCCACUUCACCACGCCCGACACCGAAGAGACCGACGGGGGCGAGGGCGAGGGCAAGCAGAGCCUCAGGGAGCAGAUCAAGGGCGUCGCAGGCGGCGGCGUCGACGAGGUCGCGCGGGUCCUGACCGAGGGCUUCGCGCGGUACCUUGAGGUCGUCCUCGGGCAAGGCGCAGGGAGCGUCCGGGGCGAGCACAGCGUCAGCGAGCUGGGAAUGGACUCGCUUGUCGCCGUGGAGGUGAGGGGUUGGUUCUGGAAGGUCCUGGAGAGGGACGUGUCUGUGAUGAAGAUCCUCGGCAGCGCGAGCGUUGCAAAGUUAUGCCACGAGGUCUCUGAGGGCUAUGUAGGCGACAUGAACAAGGCAUAA